CUCUUCUCCUAGCUGCCGCCCGAGCAGCGGUGCAGCGCUGCCGCCAUCUUAGGAGGUCGCCAUGUUUUCAUCGGUCGUGCCGCUCGCCCGGCUCAACCCUUUCUACGCGCCGCACUUCCAGCUGGUUCAGGAUGGGAUGAGGAAACGCGCAGAGACAGCGGAGGCGCCCACCACGCGGCGGAGCUUGGCGGCCGCAUCCGCCGCUGAAGAAUACAGCUGUGCAUAUGGCUCAAACAGAUUCUUUAUACUUUGUGGCCUUGGUGGGAUUAUUAGCUGUGGAACAACACAUACAGCACUGGUUCCCCUAGACCUGGUUAAAUGCAGAAUGCAGGUGGAUCCAGAAAAAUACAAGAGCAUCUUCAAUGGAUUUUCAGUGACAGUCAAAGAAGAUGGCGUUCGUGGCUUGGCUAAAGGAUGGGCUCCAACCUUUAUUGGCUAUUCCAUGCAGGGGCUUUGUAAAUUUGGUUUCUAUGAAGUUUUCAAAAUCCUAUACGGCAACAUGCUGGGAGAGGAGAAUGCUUACCUGUGGCGCACCUCCCUGUACUUAGCUGCAUCUGCCAGUGCAGAGUUUUUUGCUGACAUUGCUCUGGCUCCAAUGGAAGCUGCUAAAGUUCGCAUUCAGACGCAGCCUGGGUACGCUAACACCCUGCGGCAGGCUGUACCAAAAAUGUUCGGAGAAGAAGGCAUCUGGGCUUUCUAUAAAGGUGUUGCCCCACUGUGGAUGAGACAGAUUCCAUACACGAUGAUGAAAUUUGCCUGCUUUGAACGUACUGUUGAAGCUCUCUACAAGUAUGUUGUUCCCAAGCCACGAAGUGAAUGUACAAAAGGAGAACAGCUGGUAGUCACGUUUGUGGCAGGCUAUAUUGCUGGUGUCUUCUGCGCAAUUGUUUCACAUCCUGCUGACUCCGUGGUGUCUGUGUUGAACAAAGAAAAAGGCAGUUCUGCCUCACAGGUUCUCCAGAGGCUUGGAUUCAGAGGUGUAUGGAAAGGUCUCUUUGCCCGUAUCAUUAUGAUUGGUACCCUGACUGCACUACAGUGGUUCAUCUAUGAUUCUGUCAAGGUUUAUUUCAGACUUCCUCGUCCACCUCCACCUGAAAUGCCAGAAUCUCUGAAGAAGAAGCUUGGUCUAACUGAAUAGACAACUGAUGGACUGACUAUACUGGCUGUCCCAGUGAUGAGUUUCAUGAAACUUUUAUAUAUUUGUCUAUGUAGAAAGCAAACUCUAUAUGAUGUCAUUAUUGGCUGUGCCCUCAUCUCAUGCGAGGGUUUAAAUUCUAUCACUGUCAUUGCCUGAAAUAAAUGAGAAACGGAGUGCUUAGUGUCUGUUUACUACUGCAUAUGUAAGUAAGCUUCAUAUCCCAGCAGCAAAUACCUCAGAUAGUCUCCUCCCUACCCACCCCCCCCAAAAAAAUAUUAACAGAAUUAAUCUAUUCUGCACUUUAUGAACUAGAGAAUUUGUGAAAGAAUAGUAACAAAAAGAGGCUUUCACUGUUUCCAGAGAAGUGCCAAGAACCUGUCCUUGCAGAACUGCAGAAACUUAACUGCAAUUUUAUGCACUUUGAGUCCACUAUUUUAUUUGCCUUUAAUAAGCUGUUAGUGUAGAGUGGCUGAAAUAAGACUGGUAAGAGCAUCCUGGUCAUAAUACUGGUGCUCUCAGUAGAGAUUAAAGGAACCUUACCCAUAAUAGAGCUGUUUCUGCUUUGGGCUGGUCAUCUCAACUAACUUAGGCUUACUUGACUAAUUUCUGCUUCUGCUGGCUUUGAGCCACACCAAAGAACUUGGUCCUUUUGGUUGUACUGUGGAAUUAAACAGUAGCUGCUACCUUAACAAAAGAAAAGCUGAUGUUAAUAAAGAUUCUCAAAUACAUCUGACCACUAGAAGCUUACUACAGCUUACAAUAAAAUAAAAAUGGCUUGCCUCUUGCAGAGUUUGACAAACUUGCCAGCUUUUCCCUACACUUUGUACUUCUGUAGUUUGAAUUUUCUUUUCUUUUUGGGUGGGGAGGGGCAGGUGAUGGCAUCUGAAUGAGUUUACCCCUGAGUUUUGGUUGAACCAUGCAUUUGUGCAGUGCAAGAAGCCAUACUUUUUUUAAUUGGGUUUUCUUUUUGACCUUCAUGUGAAGAAAUGUAGGCUCCUAGGCAUGCAAGAGGUGACAGUCAUUGUCUUUAAGGCAAUGAAUUUGUUUUUUCCAGAAUAUUUUCAUCUUUUUACAGAAAGAUGUGCAUGCUGCCUUCUGUGUUUUGCCUGUUCAAGAGCCCCCAGCUGAUAAUUACCUUGAGAAAAAUCCAGAAGAUGCCUGAUAAUAACGUAAAGGGUUCACCACAUCCAGUACUACUUUGUUCACUGAGUAGAGCUGGAGCUUAAAGUGUCUUCUGUGCAAAGCUGUUUGGAUAUGCUCCCUUAAACAGCAUGUGGGCUGAUGAUACUGAAUUUAGCUUGCCAUUCAUCUGUGUUGUACCACCCCUUCCUCUUCUGUCCUUCAGAGUCCAAAGAACAAUCAAAGCAGGCACUGCUGGAGCAGUAUAAAUACACUGACCCCUGCAUCUUUGCUGGAAUUUGAUGUUCCUGCUACAAUUUUACACAGUAUUGUGCUUCCGGUGCCCUGGGAAAGCCCUCUCAACUUCCAAGAUUUUGGAUGCUCAACAGGCAAAUCUGAGACUUAUUUUGAAUUGCUGCCUUUCAAAAUAGGGAGAAAAAUCCUGCUCCACUUCUCACGGUAAACACGUUCUUAGAGUGGUUGGUAUCUACCUGCAUUAUCCAAGAAAGUCAAAUUCCAUAAGCCUAAAUAAAACAUUUGUACAAAAGCACUUUUGUGUUGAAUUAAAUCUAUUUUAUGUUAAAAGUACCUUAUAUUUUAUUGUCCCAUCGUGACUGGGAACCUUGAGAAAUUCAUUACAUGCUUCUAAGAGCUUCCUGGAAGAGCAUUAACUAUGAUGUGGUCUUGUUACCAGGACCAUUGGUGGUAACUUCAGAAGCUGCUUUAACUUCGCUGUGUGCUUCAGCUUGUUAGGAAAAAACACUAUCAGUGUAUUGAAUAUCAUAGUUUCUUUAAAGACUUGUUUUAACUCAGUAGGUUUUGCUGCAGAACAUCUCAAGUUGUUUCUGUUCCUGGGAAAGUGAUGCACUUUUGUCAAGUUUUAAGGCUAGGAGAAGAGAGAGAAAUUUGGGCCAUGCAGUGAGGUAAUCUGUUAAGUAAACCAAUGGUGAGCUCAAGACUUUCCUGUCAUUCUGUGGAGCAAAAUAGCACAAUUUUCUCAGGAAUUGGGUCACCUGUUUUAAUUGCAGGCAGUAAUAAGAAUCUUAAACCCAUUUCCUCAUUGCUCAAGGGUAGCAAUGAGAUGCUCAGAUAAUUUUAUCAAGGUAAAUCUAUACUCUGCUACUUCUUGUGUUGUGUUUCAGUGGAAAACCUGAGCAGGGAAGAACAUUGCCUUGCAGCUGCUGAUGUUGAUAUUCAGCCAUGUCUGGAUGCUUGAGAUACCUGGAUUUAAUGUAUAAAAUUGCUGUUGCUUAAAGGGUUUACCCACUGAUGUUGCAAAUACCCUUCAGUGGGAAAAUUGUAGUAUUGCAGCAUUUGAAAGAUGUAAAUUAGUUGCACCAUUUAAAAGAUCAGCUUUGUCAUUGGUAACUGCUUUAUAGCACUUGUGUUUUCUGAAAGCUGAGAAGGUGGGAUGGGAGCAGUGGAAAGUCCUUUUCAAUUGGGUGAAGAUCAAUCACUAAACCCCAAAGUGCUUUGUGAAACGAUAUGUGUAUGCUGGCUGUGUAUAUUGUUUUCUGAAGGAGAAAAUGUCCUUCCUUGCUCUUGGUGCAGCUGGUUUGAGGUGUGUGG